UGCCUACUUGAUGAUGCAGUGUGAUAGCUGUGCCAAUACUUACGUAGCACUUUCUAUGGGAUUAUUUUUACAUUCCAUAAUUUUUCGUUAUUACCUAGAUAUUUGAUUCAGUAUAGAAUACCUUACUAAUUUUAAGAAACAAGACUAUAACAACGAGGUCCAACUUGUUAUUACGCGCGGCGACGCUCGUAUGCAUGUCGAUUUUAUACACUUUCCGUUUCCUGCCAGAAAUAACUAAAAAAUUACAUCGGUCCAACCGUACUUAUGUGUUUUUCAGCACAUUUUGAAUUCCAUAUCAAAUAUAUACGUGGAAAUAUAUAAGUUUUAUGAAUGAGAAUAAUUAUCUCUCGACUUUUGAUUUAAUUCACCAUGUCUGAUGAGGAAGUUACUAUUGAGACUUCAGACGGACAGAUCUUGGCUGCGGAGUACAAAGAUGGUCAACUACAGAUAGUUGAAGUGACUCCAUUUGAAAAGGACAGGGACGGCAGUAUGCUCCCAGAGUUAGAAGAUGGAAGUGAUCAGCAACCAAAAUACAUGCAAGUGUUGGACACGAGCAAAGGAUUAAUGCAACUGGAUCUACUCAACUUGACACUGGUCCGAUGUCAAGACGGCGAGGAGUCGUACCAGCUGGUAGCGAACGCGGGCGGUGCGGACACAGACCCCAGCGCUACUGUCACCUGUGUACUGCAGUCUAGUGACACUGAGGACAACCAAGACUCGUACAUGGUGGUGGAGAACGAGUCCGGUCAGGGCUCGCUCGUGUUCCUGAAGUCCGCGCCGCAGGAGCCCCCUCCCGUCAAGAAGGUGGAACAGCCUAAGAAGGGUUUGUCGCCAGCGGAAAUAUUGGAAAAGGCGAAAGCUCUACAAAAAGCGAAGGCCCUCCUGGCGCAGUCCCGCGGCGGCCGCAAGCGCAAGAGCGACCUCCCGCCGCCGCACGAGCUGCUCGCCUCGCCCAACUUCAAGCUCUACCUCUACUCCUGCAAGCUCUGCCCCUACAAGUGCAACGCCAUCAAGGACAUGUCCGCGCACAAGGCGGCGGAGCACGCGGGCGGCGGGGCGCGGGGGCGCGCGGGGGGGCGCGGCGCCGCCGUCACGCUGCAGUGUGCGCGCUGUCCCUACAGGGGGGGCACGCACUCACAGGUACGCACUCACACUACAGGCGGGGCGCGGGGGGGCGCGGCGCCGCCGUCACGCUGCAGUGUGCGCGCUGUCCCUACAGGGGGGGCACGCACUCACAGGUACGCACUCACACUACAGGCGGGGCGCGGGGGCGCGCGGGGGGGCGCGGCGCCGCCGUCACGCUGCAGUGUGCGCGCUGUCCCUACAGGGGGGGCACGCACUCACAGGUACGCACUCACACUACAGGCGGGGCGCGGGGGCGCGCGGGGGGGCGCGGCGCCGCCGUCACGCUGCAGUGUGCGCGCUGUCCCUACAGGGGGGGCACGCACUCACAGGUACGCACUCACACUACAGGCGGGGCGCGGGGGCGCGCGGGGGGGCGCGGCGCCGCCGUCACGCUGCAGUGUGCGCGCUGUCCCUACAGGGGGGGCACGCACUCACAGGUACGCACUCACACUACAGGCGGGGCGCGGGGGCGCGCGGGGGGGCGCGGCGCCGCCGUCACGCUGCAGUGUGCGCGCUGUCCCUACAGGGGGGGCACGCACUCACAGGUACGCACUCACACUACAGGCGGGGCGCGGGGGCGCGCGGGGGGGCGCGGCGCCGCCGUCACGCUGCAGUGUGCGCGCUGUCCCUACAGGGGGGGCACGCACUCACAGGUACGCACUCACACUACAGGCGGGGCGCGGGGGCGCGCGGGGGGGCGCGGCGCCGCCGUCACGCUGCAGUGUGCGCGCUGUCCCUACAGGGGGGGCACGCACUCACAGGUACGCACUCACACUACAGGCGGGGCGCGGGGGCGCGCGGGGGGGCGCGGCGCCGCCGUCACGCUGCAGUGUGCGCGCUGUCCCUACAGGGGGGGCACGCACUCACAGGUACGCACUCACACUACAGGCGGGGCGCGGGGGCGCGCGGGGGGGCGCGGCGCCGCCGUCACGCUGCAGUGUGCGCGCUGUCCCUACAGGGGGGGCACGCACUCACAGGUACGCACUCACACUACAGGCGGGGCGCGGGGGCGCGCGGGGGGGCGCGGCGCCGCCGUCACGCUGCAGUGUGCGCGCUGUCCCUACAGGGGGGGCACGCACUCACAGGUACGCACUCACACUACAGGCGGGGCGCGGGGGGGCGCGGCGCCGCCGUCACGCUGCAGUGUGCGCGCUGUCCCUACAGGGGGGGCACGCACUCACAGGUACGCACUCACACUACAGGCGGGGCGCGGGGGCGCGCGGGGGGGCGCGGCGCCGCCGUCACGCUGCAGUGUGCGCGCUGUCCCUACAGGGGGGGCACGCACUCACAGGUACGCACUCACACUACAGGCGGGGCGCGGGGGCGCGCGGGGGGGCGCGGCGCCGCCGUCACGCUGCAGUGUGCGCGCUGUCCCUACAGGGGGGGCACGCACUCACAGGUACGCACUCACACUACAGGCGGGGCGCGGGGGCGCGCGGGGGGGCGCGGCGCCGCCGUCACGCUGCAGUGUGCGCGCUGUCCCUACAGGGGGGGCACGCACUCACAGGUACGCACUCACACUACAGGCGGGGCGCGGGGGCGCGCGGGGGGGCGCGGCGCCGCCGUCACGCUGCAGUGUGCGCGCUGUCCCUACAGGGGGGGCACGCACUCACAGGUACGCACUCACACUACAGGCGGGGCGCGGGGGCGCGCGGGGGGGCGCGGCGCCGCCGUCACGCUGCAGUGUGCGCGCUGUCCCUACAGGGGGGGCACGCACUCACAGGUACGCACUCGCACUACAGGCGGGGCGCGGGGGCGCGCGGGGGGGCGCGGCGCCGCCGUCACGCUGCAGUGUGCGCGCUGUCCCUACAGGGGGGGCACGCACUCACAGGUACGCACUCACACUACAGGCGGGGCGCGGGGGCGCGCGGGGGGGCGCGGCGCCGCCGUCACGCUGCAGUGUGCGCGCUGUCCCUACAGGGGGGGCACGCACUCACAGGUACGCACUCACACUACAGGCGGGGCGCGGGGGCGCGCGGGGGGGCGCGGCGCCGCCGUCACGCUGCAGUGUGCGCGCUGUCCCUACAGGGGGGGCACGCACUCACAGGUACGCACUCACACUACAGGCGGGGCGCGGGGGGGCGCGGCGCCGCCGUCACGCUGCAGUGUGCGCGCUGUCCCUACAGGGGGGGCACGCACUCACAGGUACGCACUCACACUACAGGCGGGGCGCGGGGGCGCGCGGGGGGGCGCGGCGCCGCCGUCACGCUGCAGUGUGCGCGCUGUCCCUACAGGGGGGGCACGCACUCACAGUUGAUGAAGCACGUCCAAGACAAGCAUUUGGAGAAUACGUCAAGCAGUAAGUUAUCAAACUACACGGUCCACCUGGACACGGAGGAAGUAGAGGCAGCCGACGUGCUCGUGUGCGGCGCGUGCGGGUUCGAGGCCGCCGAGAGGGCGCUGUUCAGGGCGCACAUAGAGGACGAACACGGGGCCACUACAUGCUGAGGGUUAUUUCAACGCGAGAUUUACUUAUCUCAGCAGUUAAGUUUAGCUGAUGUUCAGCCAAUUAUCCUAAUCCACUAUUUGACUUGAAAAAGCAAUUAUUAUGCAAUAAUGUUCUAAAUAAAAAAUAGCUAUAGUAGAUAUACAAGGGUCCAUGAUCACGUCUUAAUAUAAUAUUAUGAUGGCUGUGGGAGCGUGACAGGGCUAUACACGGUGUAGAGCGGUAUCUCUCAUACACAAUAGGGUAUGUGGCAUCAAAAAAAAAAAAUUGCUAAAACCCACGUUUUUUUGAAGUAUAAGAAUUCACUCCAUUCAAAUUUUAUCAAA